AUGGAGCAAGAUCCCGACGCGCCACCCAACUUCUGGUUCCAACCAACACUCGCAAACAAUCGCCGCCGUACACCGCUCAUUGACCCUGUUGUACUGAUCAUAAUUCUGCCCAUCAUUGCAAUGCUCUUCCUCUUCUUCUUCCUCCCACCAGUUCUAUUCCAUACUUCACAUAUCCUAAAACCAAGUUCUGUAAAGUCCACCUGGGAUUCCCUUAACAUUUUCCUUGUACUUUUUGCGAUUCUUUGCGGUGUUUUGGCUCGAAGAAAUGAUGAAGUUUCGUCCUCCGGGGACGUCGCCGAUCAGGCGAACGGUUUGGUAGCAGAGAGCAGGAAUAGUGCGGAGUCGUCGGGUCAAUGGGUCUCGUUUUCGGAUCGGAAAGUGGUGACGGGUGGAAUGAGAAGUAGCAGUUCGUAUCCGGAUUUGAGGAAGGAGCCGUUGUGGGAGAACGGUGAUAAUCGGAGUCGGUUUUUUGAUGAUUUUGACGUCGAUAUUUAUUCGUCGCCGGUAUCUGGGUAUUAUAACAACCUUGCGCGGCGGAUCGGUAGGGAGAAAGGGAAGGCAAGGGAGAAUUUGUAUCAAUCCACGCCUGUUUCCGGUGAUAUUCAUCAGCGAUUAAGGCGGAGUGAAGCGGAUCGGGGUGAGUUUUCUGAAGUGAAGGAAAUUGUUGUGGAUACUUUUGAGAUUACACCAAGUGCUUCGGAUUUUCGGGAACAGGUAUCUGUGACGCCUCCUCCUCCACCGCCGCCGCCGCCUUCUGCUUUGCCGGCGAAUUCGAGGAGGCAUUCGUUCAGAAGUGUUGGACGGAAAGUAAUGGUUGAAAAUCAGAGGAAAAUUGAAUCUGAUGAGUUGGAUAAAGUGAAAUCCUAUCAUCCUCCCCCAUCACCCCCGCCGCCACCUCCACCACCACCACCUCCUCGGCAGACGGAGGUGUGGUUGCCGCGAUCUCAUCAUAAGCAUAAGAAACUGGAGCGGAAAGUAAGUGAUGCUACGAAGGAGAUAGCUACAGCCAUAUCUUCGUUGUACAAUCAGAGUAAGAAGAAAAACAAACGGAGAUUGAGAAAUAGUUCCAGUAGUUCAGAUUCAUCUCCACCUUCAGUACAUUUUAUACAAUCACCGGAUACACAGGACCCACAACAAACGGUUGCGCCACCACCGCCUCCUCCACCUCCGCCGCCGCCUCCUUCUAUGUUCCAAAAUCUGUUCAAAAAAGGUAGCAAACAUAAGAAAAUUCACUCCGUUACUGCAACAAUUCCACCAAGAGUUCCUCCACCUCCACCACCUCCGCCGCCGAGCUCAAUCUUCAACAACUUAUUCAAAUCCGGCGGCAGCAAAAGCAAGCGGUUUCAUUCACCUUCAACCGCUCCUCCACCACCACAGCCUCCGCCGCCGCCAUCUUCAAUCAUGAACAACUUAUUCAAAAACGGAACAAAGAGUAAGCGUUUCAAUUCCUCUAAUACUGCUUCCUCACCUCCACCGCCACCUCCACCACCACCGCCGAUGACACCACCAAGAUACAUCACUCCUGUAAAAUCAAAAAAAGUGUCUAAGCGUAGAAGUCAACCUCAACCUCCAUCUCCUCCGUCUCCACCAAAAUUGGAGCCUCGUAACCACAGUUCUACGAGCAAAGGCAAACCUCCCCUUCCAAAACCCACCGCCACCAGUUACUAUGAAAGGGAUGAUUUUCUCCCGAGCGGCUCCCAGUCUCCGCUGAUUCCAAUGCCGCCACCUCCACCACCGUUUAGGAUGCCGGCGAUGAAAUUCGAGCUCCGUGGUGAUUUUGUCAGGUUACGGAGCACCCACAGUUCCGUCUGCAGUUCACCGGAUCGUGAUGACGUUGAUUUGUCAUCAACAACGAUCGGCACCGGUUCCGGCGGUGGUGAUUUAGUUGGGCCCACUUCUGGGCCAGGGCCCUUAUUUUUUGCUAGUCCAGACGUCAAUGCUAAAGCUGAUAGUUUUAUAUCGAGACUUAAAGAUGAAUGGAGAAUGGAAAAGAUAAAUUCAUUCAAAGACAAAACGGGUUAA